AAAGAAAAAAGAAAAAAAAAGAAAAGAAGAAGAAGUUCCCAUCGCACUUCUUUUGAUUUCCUUGUGUAUGGUCAGCCUGCUAUUGCUUGUUUGUUUGUGUAUGCGUGAUGGUCUUAUCAGGCAACCUGAUCGGUACAGUUAGGGGAAUUGCAAUCUUGCCUUUAAUGGGGUUUGAGUACUAGCAUUCUGGAUUCCAACUUGCAUCAUUGAUGGCAACAGCAAGCAAUUUGGAUUUUGGACUGAUCAAUUGACAUGCCACUUUUAUUUUUCACACCCAAGAUGGGAGACCUGUUGCCAUACCAAAUAUGAACUUAUAAACCACCUAUUAAAGUAAUCAAGGCUGCGGGCCGGCUUUCUUGGCAUUCCAAUGCUCUACGAAUCUCAAUGGGCUUGAUUUCGAUCCAUCAGAGGAGUCACAUCUAGGCUUUAUGCAAAGUGACAAAACGAUAUCAUUAGACCGGCUUUCUUGGCAUUCAUAUACGCUCUACGGAUCUCCGAUGGAAGCGAGAAAAUAGGAAUAUAUGUAUGUCAUCGUUGCGGACCGUGGACUGGAGAGUCGGGGGCCGGUUUGUUUAGACGCUCGGUUCGGUUGGAAAGGAGGCCCGUCGAGCCCUUGUUAUUGUGCUUGGUGCAGUUGCCCUUGCAUCGUAUCUUAUUGACUUUUGGUGCAAGCCAUGCCUUUGCCCUUGGGUUUCAAUUAAAUCGAUAUCUUUUUUUUAUCUCCAAGGCCUUCUGAGGUGCGCUGUCGCUGCUGCUGCUGCUGCCUCGGACCUCCGAUCCCGACCAGAUCUCCGGCCUUUCUCUCCCUCUCCCCCGAGGGCAAAAGAUUUUCCAGAUUUGCAUUCUGCAGGUACUUUUAGUGUUGUUAUGGCACAAGUAAUGUAGCACAACCAUCAGAUUAAGCGGCACAAGUAAUCACAUACAGGGAGUGUUAUUGUCACCUGAAUUUUAGCUGUUCAAGAUGAAUGGUUCUACUUCUAAUGAAGGCAAAUAUUUGAUUGGAAACCGGAAGCAGAUGGAGGCUUGUGAGCCUCUGAAUUCAAAAAAUCGACCAAAACGCUGCCGUUUAACUCCAUUGAGGGUAUUCAGGGGUGUUCUAUGUUUGGUGAUAUUACUUUCAACUGCGUUUAUGAUGUUAAUAUAUUGGGCCCCUGUGACUGCUCUUUUAUUGCGUCUUUUUAGUGUACAUUACAGCAGGAAGGCAACCUCCAUUCUAUUUGGAACAUGGCUAUCUUUGUGGCCUUUUCUGUUCGAGAAAAUUAAUAAGACAAAGGUAGUUUUUUCUGGUGAAAGUGUUCCUGAAAAGGAGCGAGUAUUGCUUUUUGCUAACCACAGAACUGAAGUUGAUUGGAUGUAUUUGUGGGAUCUUGCAUUGAGAAAGGGUCGCUUGGGAUAUAUCAAGUAUAUUCUUAAGAGCAGUCUGAUGAAAUUGCCUAUAUUUAGCUGGGGAUUUCACAUUUUAGAGUUCAUUCCAGUAGAGAGAAAGUGGGAAGUUGAUGAAGCAAUCAUGUGGAAAAGGCUUUCAGCUUUCAAAGAUCCCCAAGAUCCACUCUGGCUUGCAGUUUUUCCAGAGGGCACUGACUAUACUGAACAGAAGUGCAUCAAAAGCCAGCAGUUUGCAGCUGAGAAUGGCUUACCAAUCCUCAGAAAUGUGCUUCUUCCCAAAACAAAGGGUUUCAAUUCUUGUUUGGAAGCUCUCAGGAACUCCUUAGAUGCAGUUUACGAUAUCACCAUUGGUUACAAACACCGUUGUCCGCUUUUUAUUGACAAUGUGUUUGGUGUGGAUCCUUCUGAAGUCCAUAUACAUGUCCAACGCAUCCUGCCUCAUGAAAUCCCAGCAUCUGAAAAUGAGGUAGCCGCAUGGUUGAUAGAGAGGUUCAGGCUCAAGGACCAACAACUCUCCGAUUUUCUCUCUCUAGGGUAUUUUCCUCACCAAGGAACUGAAGGAGAUCUAUCAACACCAACAUGCCUGGUGAAAUGUUUUGUGGUAAUUACUUUGACUAGCAUAUUCAUAUACCUUACACUUUUCUCAUCUGUUCUGUUCAAAAUUUAUGCAUCAUUAAGCUUUACUUUACUUUCAUUUGUAACCUACUUUGGUAUACAACCACAACCAGUAUUAGGUUCUGUGAAGGGCUUGUUCUGUGGCAAGAAAACAUGCUAGAUCAGAUCAUGUAACUUUGUGAUUAUUUGUGUUUCAACUGAAAAUUGUUAUUUCUGUGCUACUAGGUUGGUGAAGUAGUUUCUUUUUGUUACUAGCAUUAUUAUGUUCCAGCACCAAAUUUGUAGACUGUAUCAUUGUGGAGUAACCUUUUUCAAAAAUUUUGUUAGCCAAGAGAUGUUGCAGGAAUUCUAAACACAAAUACCUGAGAACCUUGUUCUUGUGGUUAAAA